AUGACAUCGCAAAAUCCUUCAAAAAAUGCAUACGUUCUGGGGGUGGGCCUGACUCAGUUCCUCAAGCCGCGCCGAACCAGGGAGUACCCUGAGCUCGGGUACGAAGCGGCCGUCAAAGCCUUGAUUGAUGCCAAAAUCAAUUACGAUGAAGUGGAGCAAGUGAUAGCCUGCUAUUGCUACGGUGAUACAACCAGUGGCCAGAGAAUAGUCUACAAUCUCGGGAUGACAGGAGUUCCCGUAUUAAACUUGAACCAAGCAUGUGCCACUGGCAGUACAGGUCUACACACAGCGCGGCGGCUUGUCCAGGGUGGAUUGAUCGACUGCGCCCUGGUAAUCGGCUUCGAGCAAAUGCGACCUGGUUCGAUUAAGAGUGUGUGGGAUGAUCGCCCCAGUCCAUUGGGUCCUUCCACCAAACUUAUGGAGGAUAUAUUCGGCAAACACGAUGCCCCACGAAAUGCGCAAUACUUUGGAAAUGCCGGGCAAGAAUAUAUGCAAAAAUAUGGUGCCAAGGCCGAAGAUUUUGCUGAGAUCGCCCGCAUCUCGCACGAACACUCGCAGAGAAACCCAUAUGCUCAAUUCCAGCAAGCGUACUCUUUGGACGAAGUGCUCAACUCUACUCCAGUCUAUGGUCCGCUCACAAAGCUUCAGUGCUCACCCACUAGUGAUGGUGCUGCCGCAGCUGUUAUCGUGUCUCAGCGUUUCCUAGACUCCCGCCCGUCCCUCAAAUCGCAGGCUAUCUUGAUCGCGGGUCAGUCACUCUUGACUGAUGGACCCGAAGUGUACUCGGGAAGCGCCAUUGACCUUGUUGGAUUCAACAUGUCCCGCGAUGCAGCAAGACUGGCUUUGAAAGAAGCUGGAGUCGAUGUUAAAGAUAUCAAAGUGUGCGAGCUCCACGACUGUUUCUCAACGAAUGAGCUUCUGCUGCUAGAUGCCCUUGGAUUUUCUGAGCCUGGCAAGGCACACGAGAUGGUUCGCCGGGGUGAUAUCACGUACGGUGGACGUGGUCCUGUGAUUAACCCCUCGGGCGGGUUGAUUUCUAAGGGACACCCCCUAGGCGCGACUGGAAUCGCCCAAUGUGCCGAACUUACGUGGCAGCUCCGUGGUUGGGCCAAUAAUCGGUUGGUUCCGAACGUUGAUGUUGCGUUACAACACAACCUCGGCUUGGGAGGAGCCGUGGUGGUGACUGUUUAUAAGCGAGCCGAUGGUCAGACCAAUCAUCCUGUGUCAAAUGAAGACGUGAUGCGAAUUUCUGGAUUGGGAUAUAACCCAGCGGUGGAAGCUCAUUAUAUCUCUCCCCAAGACGGCGAGAGCGUGAGGAGCAAGACUAAGCGUCAUGACUAUCCCCUUCGUGAGAUUAAGGCAAAGCUAGCGGCUAGGAUGUGA